AUGGCGGGUUUUAAACUCAGAAAAGAAAAGCCAGCCUUUGAAGGAAAAGGCGACACUGGAAAUAAGAAGCGCACCUACUUCUACACGCCAGAUAUUGAAGCCAUACAUCGAAAAGACAACGAGAUACAUUUUCUCAGAGUUCUAUCUUUCACCGCAAUAUUUACAACACUCAUUUUAAUUGCAUAUUAUAGAUGGAAGGUUGCUCAACUUGAAAAGAUACUGAAGAUAAAAGAUGAGCAUUAUAUCGGGAAGUUGACUGGUGGAGUGGUGUUGAUGGGGGAGCAUGGUUCCGUCUAUAUGCCAGCAUACUGGGCCAGAUAUUCAAAGAAGGUCGCACUUUCAAGAAAUCAGUACCAGGGUCUAUUGCUUAGUGUUAGCGAUGCCAGAACGUCUUUCAAACAAAGAACUCAGAAUGGUGAGAUGGCAAAAGACCUCGAGCUUCACCAGGAGCCAUUAUCUAUUGAGGUAUUGAUCUUUUUCCGGGGGAAUAUUUGA